AUGUUCUCCUGGGAGGACUCGCGCGAGCCUCUCGGCAAGUGCUCUCAGUGCCUCGAUCAGGACGCGUGGUUACGCUGCACGGAGUGCUGGGACAGUAGUCCGCAUUGCAUGCAGUGCCACCUCGCCGCGCAUCGUCAUCAUUGGUUCCAUUGGGUGGAGGCCCGCAAGGAUGGUGACGAUUUCUGGAAGAGGCACGAUCUCAGGAGUAUCAACUUCAUCAUUCGUCUGGGUCAUGGUGGUCAGGCAUGCCCCUCCCGAGGGAAUUGGUUGGCCCCAUCAAAAAUCGCCAUUGCCCACACGAACGGCAUCCAUCACUGCCUCGUCACAUUCUGCCACUGUCCCCAUGCCGCUUCCGUCCCCUGUCAACUUAUCCAAGAGCGAAUCUGGCCCGCCACUCUUGAGCAGCCUCAAACUGCGUUCACAACUCCACUGCUCACACUGUACGAUCACCUUUGGAACGUUAGCAACGUCAACGUCUACGACUUCAUUGACGUUUUGCAGCGCCUCACUAACAGCGCGUUCCCUGACGAGGUUUCGGACCCUUACGACGCCUUCCGUCGUGUGCAUCGCAUGUUCGAGCACUUGACGAUGAAGAAGCGUGCUGGUCACUAUCACAGCGUCAAUAUCCCAAACCGGUGCGACAGCGAUCUCACUGUCGCAUGCCUCACUUGCCCACUUCCCGGCGUCAACCUUCCCCCUGACUGGGCUCAGGAGAAGCGCGCCCCGUGCGUCCUACGAUAUAUUUACCGCCAUAACCUCGGGGUUGACGCCUGCCAUGGGAUGCCAAAGAGGACCAAGAACGAUGACAAGCACGACAGGGCCCUUAGCGAGGGGCAAGGUUUCAUGAUCAAGUUGUCCGAUAUGAAGGAGAUGGUCGAAGAGAGCUUCAAGAACGAUGACGACCGCGUAGUAAGUUGUACUUUCAUCCAUGAGACAAUGCCACUGACUCUCACCAAGACCCAUACCUGCAGCAGCUUCAAGGUCGCACGCGCGCAGCGUUUGGGCAAGUUCCGAACAGUCGAUAUCAGCGGCGUCGCCGCCAUAACAUGUCGCCAUACGUUCUUCUUUUAUCAAGGUGUGAUCGACCUCAUCUCGGGAGAACGGUAA